AUGCGCAAACAAUUGCUAUAAACAUUAUCUGAACACAUUGAGAGUGAUUACAUAGGAGACGAAGGAGAAGGGCUACAAUGUGCAUUCACUUUAUGCUUACAAGAUGUUCCCAAUCAGACAGCCAAGAUUCCAAUUGAUUUAUAAUGA